CUGCUGACUUGGAGGCCUUGGAACGCCACAUGGAGGUGCCAUUCUACAUAUAUCAAACGCCGGCAAUGAAAGCGCUGUAUCGGAUGUGUCAAGAGAGCGCACGACAGAUAUUGUCGGGCCGAUGGCCUACCAAACUCGAUUUGGAUGACAGGAAGAAUGUUGAUGAGGUCUACUGGCUGGACCAGCUGUGGAGCGACCCGUGGAGGACAUUUGACCCUGACAAUGCCCUCGUGUACGUCCUCCCAAUCUAUCCAGGUUUGUCAACGAGUGACGUAGGAGGAAAUUCGGCAAAAAACGUUUGCUACUCUACGCUUACGUUCAUGGCACACUAGUGCUUUUGUAUCACUCGCUGUGCCGUGUGAAGAAAAGGGAGACGAUACAUUCACUGGCUGACAAGGCUGUGAAAGAGGUGAGGAAGCGUAUGAACGCGUAUCACACCCGCCAUUGAUUCAGGUGGCAGGGACGCCACAAUGGCAGAGGAACGGCGGACUCGAUCAUACUCUCAUGGUCAGCUCCUCAUCUGAUCAAUACACAUGUGUAAGUCGAUGCAUAAAUCAUGUAGAUUACUGACUUCAAAUUCAAGUAUCCUGGUGAAGUGGAUAUGGUAUUUGGGAGAGCGUUUGCGACAUUUGCGAGGAACAUGACGCAGGGGCGGCACCUUGCGGACAACCGUAAAGAACUGAAGGAGAAUAACGAGCUAAUUGCACUCUAAUGGGUUGGCUUGAUUUCACAGAUAGAGCGAUGUUUGGAUGUGCUGUUACGGUUCCGUACACGUAGGGAAGCCAUCCAUCGUGCUGACAUGAACAAAUGCAUAGACAUCCACUGGUGCAUAAGAGUUGUUUGCAUGCAGGUCCUCGCUGACGGCGCUACAAAAAGCCUACCAGCCUUUUGAGAAGGAAAGCCUGCUGAAGCGCGGGCUCAUCAAACCUACCGACGUGUUUGAGGAUGACCGACUAGGCUCGGCUCUCAACCCUCCCUCGAGACACGACUGGUUCGAACGCGACUACACAAUGUUCUUUCAAGGUUAGAUACGGCAGCCCCCCGUUGCGGAAUGGUUCUGUUCAUGUGUGCCGCAUGUAGGUAAGUUGGGGCACACCCGUCGAUACCGUCAUUUAGCUUUUGCCCAUUUGGCGAGUUGGCACUACAAACCGGAGUCCUGUGUUGCCUGCAUGUCACGGAACAACGUCUUUGUGGCGUCCGAUCGCAGCAGAUCACUCGCGCACUUUGUCCCCCUCUGUCCUCGAAAACGGAAAACGAUAGACCUGCUUUCGGUGCAAGCGGGCAGGUUUGAGCGAUGUUGGGGUACGACGAAGGUGUCGCACUCGCUCUUCGCAGAAUCGACUUUCAUGCACCGCCUGGCUAACUCCAAGUUGAAUCUAUGCUUUCGGGGGACCGACGUGAUAACUUCGAGAGUCAUGGAUGGUUUCGCAGCACGCACGCUGAACGUCCUGAUAAAUGAGCUUGACGACGUUUUCAAGUACGGCAUCCCCUUCCAGUGCGAAAUCCCAUGGAGGUAUGCAGAGAGGGACAGAAUGUGACGUCAUCACACGGCCCGUAUUGUGGGGGGUCUGUGCUGUUCCGCCUUACAGGAAUUUCACUUUUGCGAUCGAGGGCUCUGUCUUUGAGCAGGACCCUCGCAAAGCGCUGCAGCCCGUACUGGAUGAGCUCUACAAGGACCACCGAACCGUCACAGAGAAGCUGCGCCUGAUGGACUACUAUAGCAAGAAGAUACUGUGGAAUGCGCCAAAUAGCGAGACAGCAAGAAGUGUGCUCCGCGCAAUGACACGACAAUGCCUUACUGCCGAGGCGAAGCUCGACUAUAUCAAAAGGACCAGCAAAGAUGGUAGGCCACGCUACACACAGAGAACAACUGCCAAUUGGAAUCUCGUCUAUGUGUGUUGGGGGUGAAGGUACGGCGGCGAAUGUGCGAGAUCAUCCCUUGUUCUCCCAAUGUGCAUUUGUCGACACUUCGGCAAAGCUAGAGGAACAACGGAAGCCGUGUGCGACGUGCAAAGCUCUGUGACCGCUCAGGGAAGACCAGUGGAAACCUUCAAGUCUAAGACAUUGAUAUUAUACUGUUUUAAGGCAGUGACUUCACAGUGAUGUCUCUAUGCGACUAUCAAUGUGAUACUAUUUUAGAUCCCAC